AUGAUCAUAAACAGGCCCUUAUUGGUACAGUUCACUGGAGAAGAAGAAGCAGCGAUCACCACCAUUUUCCUUCCUGCCUUCAUUUAUUCGACUCUUAAACAGCUUACAGUCGCCUUUUCCUUGCUUCUCCAUCAACACCACCGAAACCUUGACUACCUCCGAUUCCCUUUUUUUUUCUUCAAUAAAUCGCACACCUACGAUCGUUUCCUUCCCUCUUGGGAAAACGAUCGAGCCAUUUUCCCUUGUUUUCCUUCUCUACGAUUCCCAUCGACCACAGAGCUUCAAGGUUAUCAUCUUGUUGCUACCGCUGUUAGCGAUGCCGGUCAUCACACUUCGCAUUCGGACAAGAAAAACUAG